CAGAAUCAGAUGUCUGUCCAGGCCUCUUACCACAGGCAGGCCAGGAAGUGGUAAAGUGGGGUGGCAGCUUGUGUUAAGGAGCCAAGCCUGGUUCUGCCUUCAAAAUAGGCCAUACAAGUCUUCUAUCACCCUAGAACUGUUUAAUCACUUGCCAAGGGAUACUUUUUGCAUGGUUAAUAUGGACAAGUGAUGUGUAAGUGGUCACAUCAGAUGCAAUGCAAAGGGGUCUCAGGCAGAGCCAGGGAUGCUUGCUCACCACCCUGAAGGCAUUUCCCGAGCCUUCGAGGCCGCCAACUGCGGUAGAACUGUUCCUUACCUACUAUGGGAGGCGCCUGCCCUCCGCGAGGACUGCAAACACCUCAGGGAAGGUGGCUGUCCCAGUGUCUUGUUACCCACAGCACCUUGCCUUAUGUCUAAAGUAAACACACCUUGGGGAAUCAAUCUGUAAAAUGUUUAGGUACCAAACUCAAACCAUUUUCAUUUUCUAAAAGAAAAUUGAAGUGAGCUCCCGGCACGGGGAGCUCCCACGCUGGAAAAGCGUGAUGGAGUACCCAGUGACAGAAACUGGCUCACUUUUUACCUCAGGAAAUAAGAGACGUGUGAAAGACAAACGAAUUUCAAAGACUGCUAAGUUGAAUGUUUCACUUGCUUCAAAAAUCAAAACAAAAAUAAUAAACAAUUCUUCUAUUUUCAAAAUUUCUUUAAAGCACAAUAACAGGGCAUUAGCUCAGGCUCUUAGUAAAGAGAAAGAGAAUUCUUGAAGAAUCACAACUGAAAAGAUGCUAUUGCAAAAAGAAGUGGAGAAACUGAAUUUUGAGAACACAUUUCUUCUCCUAAAGCUAAAUAAUUUGAAUAAGAAGCUUAUAGAAAUAGAAGCACUCAUGAAUAAUAACUUGAUAACCGCAAUUGAAAUGAGUACUUUUCUGAGGGUUCCAUUAACUUCAAAUGAUGAUGAUGAUGAUGAAGAUAAAGAGAAAAUGCAAUGUGACAACAAUGUUAUGUCAAAGACAUCACCUGACAGUUCCUCUUUGGUAUCAACAAGACAACAAUUAUCAGCUCAGUAUAAUUUGGAAUUGUUCUUUCCUAAAGAAAACAAUCAGAAUGUAUUUGGUUUAGAUGAUUCAGAACAUAUUUCUUCUGUUGUUGAUACACUUCCCAAAGAAAGCCAUUCCCAUUCCCACUCAGACAGAAGUUCCAAGAGUUCUCUAAAGAGUGAAAUGAGAAGUGCCCAGUUAAUCAGCCACAAAAAGGAGAAACCAUUUCCUAGUAAUAUAACUGAAAGGAAAAAACGUAUAUCAUCUCGGGAAUCAAAUAAUCCCUCUGCAGACAGUCCCUGUGUGAUAGAUUUAGGUCAACAGUGGAUUUCAAGUCCAGAAUUACGUUGGAAUAAUGAGAUCAAAGAUCCUACUAAUGAAGCAAAUAUUCCAGUGCAGAGAAGCAUACAAUGUCUUCCUGACUCAUGUGAGUCUGCUAGUGACCCUACUGCAGAGUGCAAGAAUCAAGGGCAGAGUAAUGAGGCCUUUCAGUUGCAGAAAACUGUGUAUGAUGCUGACAUGGAUUUAACUGCUACUGAAGUAAGCACAAUUGUUACAGUUUCAACAAGCAAUAAAAAUAAAAGUAAUGUAAAACCAAAUGAUUGUGGAAUAAAACCUUUCAGAAAAGUAAAAGACUCAAGCUCACACAGAAAGAGAGAAGGACCAAAGAGAAAGUUUAAAAACUGUUCAGAUGUGGAUAUUGAAGACAAGAUGGGAAAUGGACCAGCAAAAAGAUCUGUUGUCCUUGAUGGCAAAGGGGAUUCAGAAGAUCCAGAUUUUAUUUUCAAUACUUAACAGCUGACUCAGUUGAACACACUGAAGAAAAUAACCCUUCCUAAUGGCUGUGAUCAAGAUGACAGACAAAGUACACGGUAUAAUAAAAAAAAGAAAAGAACACAUGUCACAAAUGAGCAAGAGGAAAUACACUCUUUCUCCCAAAGUUCAGAUAAAGCCCAGCAGGAGAGUAAAUUUGGUGUGGGUCAGACUUCUCUAGCUGAUAAAAAAUGUAAGGCUUCUAGACAGACAUUUGUGAUUCAUAAUUUAGAAAAAGGUAACUUAUUCCCAAACCAAAAGGAUAAAGAAACCACUUCUGAAAACCUGGAAGUCACAAAUGAAUUUCAAACAGCUGAUCUUCCCACCAAAGGUAACGGAAGUUUAUUUGAUUAUGAGACUCAGAAUAUGUUGGAUUUGAAAAGGCAUGUCACUGGAAUGCAACCUGCUCAGCAAAAUGAAUCAAAAAUAAAAAAGCUUAGGCAGAAAGUAAAUCGGAAGACGGAAAUAAUUUCUGUAAUAAACCAUAUUUGUGGGAAUGAUGCUAAAGAUGUGCAUGGCCUAGAAAAUGGUAACUUUUCCUUUGAAACCCAACAGGGUAAAGAAACCAUCUCGGAAACUUCAAAUGAGUUUCAAAAACUUUCUCUUUUUGCCAUAGGUAAUGGAAACCUGUGUGGUGAUGAGACCCAGAAUGUGUUAGAUUUGCAAAAGCAGAUCACUGAUGUGUGCCCUGUUCAUCAAAAUGAAUCAAAAGUUAAUAACCUUAGGCAGAAAGUAAAUUGGAAGACAGAAAUAAUUUCUGAAGUGAACUAUUUAGAUAACGACAAAAAUCUGUUUUGCCCAGAGAAGAGCAACUCUUUUUUCCUAACCCAGAAGGAUGAAGAAGUUAUCCCUGAAAACCUGAAAGACCCCAGUGAGUUUCAAACACCUGCCUUUUCUUCCAAAGAUAGUGGAAACCUAUAUGACUGUGAUCCUCAGAAUGUUUUGGGGGUGAAAAAGCAAGUCCAUGAUAGGCAACCUGCUUGUCAAAAUGAAUCAAAAAUAGAUAAGAAGCUUAGGCAGAAAGUAAAUUGGAAGACAGAAAUAAUUUCUCAAAUGUACCAACUAUGUGGGGAUAAUGACAAAGAUGUUCAUGGCCCAGAAAUCUGUACAAAAGUUCUUGAUUUUGAAAUAAAUAAAUUUAAACAAAGACUUGAAUGCCAAAGUAUUAUCAGUGGAUACUGUAUGGAAAGCAAUAGUAAUGAAAAGGAAAAUUGUGAUCAAGUUUCAAAUCCUUGUAAACUAGUUAAAAACACUAGGAAAGAAUCAUCAGGCAAGACAAAGAACAUUUUGGCAAAAGGAAAAAACAGACCUAUUUUGCACUUAACAGGGUCUUCACUGACAUCUAUUUCCGUAGAAUCAGGUUUAAAACAUAUUAAUGAGGCAGAUUCUGAUCCUGGUAACCAAAAGGAACCACAUAAGAAUCCAGAGCAAAAAAGCACUACAAGUCUGAAUAAAAGAGGAGAUAUUCCUUUUGUGGAAGGGAUGAAAGGAGAGUGUCAGGUCAAAAAAGUAAAUAAAGUGAUGUCCAAAUCAAAGAAAAGGAAAACCUUCAUAGAUCCUUCUCCAGGUAGUCAUGAAGUAAUGGACAUAAUAUCUGACCAUGUUCAGGAAAUAACAGCUGAAUCCGAGCAAGGCAAUGCUGAAAAAAAUUUGGAAAAUGAGAAAAUUGGCAAAAUUCAGCUAGACUCUUACACAAAAGUGUUUAAAUCUUUAUCUCAGAUAAAUUCACCUAACAUACAAAAUACGUCCUUUAAUAGUAUUCAUGAGGGUUCAAUACCCUUGAGUAUUUCUUCUAGUAAAAAUCUGAUAAUAAAAGAAAAUUUUGUCCUGGAAUGCUCACCAAACUUUCAAGUAAGUGAUGAUGUGGAUGAGAAGAUGAAAGGGAUGAAAUUCAAAGUCAACUGAAGAACACAAAAAUCAGAAAUAGGUGGUAGAACACUGCAGGACUUGACUAAUACCAGUUUCAUUUCAAAUAACAUAACUAAAUCGGAAAAUAAGUCAGAAGAACUAUCUUUAGAACUGCCAAGCCGAAGAAGGUGCACUCCUCUCUAUUCAAAAGAGCCAAGUCUCAAAGGGAAGAUGAGAAGAUGAGCUGAAUUUAUGCAUUCUGCUUUUCUGAAUCCUCAAACCAUAAUGAAUCAAAACAGACACAACUAGGAUCAAAGUGAAAGCACAGAACGAAAAUUUUUUUAUUUUCUUGUUUGUUUUCUGCCUUUUCAUAGAAUGUCGAUUUAUCCAUUCUUAUGUUUAGAUAGAUAUAUGUGCGUGAAAUAGCUACUUUGUAAUAUUAGAUUUUAAAAUCAUUUUGGCCAUCCUGUAACUUAUCUACCUGCUCAUUUAAGCUUGUCAAUCUACCAACCUUUAAUU